UAAUUAAAAUUGCUCUUGUAUAAGUACGUUGAAGCAAACAUCCUUUACAAACAAACAUACUGGUGGGGAAAGAGAAGUCGUUAACGGAAUGAAACGUUAGGCGCCCAGGCCUAAGGCGUGGAUUGCCAACAAAACCUAAACGCCUGAUCAUGAAAUCUAUACAACUGCUGGCAGCAGCUGUCUGCCUAGCUGCUACCCUGAUCCUGGGGACACAGGCGCAAGAGAAUGCCAUGCUGCAAAUUCCCCCCUCAUUGGUCGAGUGCUAUAACACUUCAUUCUUCAUGAAUCGGGACAAUCGUCUACCGGCCAAUAUGGACACGCUCAUUUCGCUCAUCGAGAAGGUGGAAAACAGCUACGCCGGAACUUCGGGUGUGCAGGCCGAUAUUCGAACCGUGGCGGUGUCCCUACUUCACCGGUUCCGACAAGAUGGCAUUAAAAAGGCCGCUGGAGUUAACCCCGCUGCUGGCGUAAUACCGUACAGUCCAACAGGCUUUCAGUUUCCCAAGUUCAAAAUUUUGCUGUCACGUUUAAUUCCUGGAAACGCCAACAGCUUCCCCAACAGUUCGUUGACGAGAGUGGAACGAUGCUCCCUCCAUUUUAUGCUAUCAAGCACCUUUGACACGAGAUCGCGCGGCGAUGAAAACAACGUGUGCAACCAGCUCUCCCAGUAUCGAGCCCAACGACUACCGCGAUCCCUUAAGAAGAACUAUGGCAACAACUUUAUUAGCGACGUUGAGUGGCUAGACAGUCGACCAAAACGUGGACGGUCAUCCGUCUCCGUCUCAAAAUACGAACAACUGGGGGAGUUGGACUAUGAAUCCGACUGGGCAUACGCCGGCUCAGAGGGAACUAGCCAAUGCCCCGUGGAGGAUGGCCUUGUUCGGACGCGCUGGGGAACGGUUUCUGCAGGUACCCUUAUUGCCGGCAUCGCAGCUGGCGUCCAACAGCAGACAGUCCAAUUAAGAACCCUAUUGGCCCUAUCCUCCCAGCGACGUUCGCGCGGUCGCAGUCAGUCCCAAACAAGCAGCGGCAUUGACAAUAGGUGGGCGGCCACUUUGGCUGGGGACUUGGCGGAAGUCACGUUGGUCCAGCUUCCAGUGUCGGGCGGAUCAGCUUCUGUUGGAGCUACUGGGGGGUGGAAUGAUACAGUUCUGCCACAUUGGUACUUCUUGUCGCAGCGAAACAACCUUGAGGCCACUGACGCGGAGAUCCGAGGCGGCCUUGAUGGCUUAAUUCUUGCAAAGAACGUGGCCAGCUGGAGAACCCAGGCAUCCAGCCUUAAACUUUCCCAAUUGCUACGCAUGUACUACUCCACCAAUGGAGUCCUUAGUACGGGCAUCAAUGCAUGCAGUCGGCAAAGCCAGUUUACAAAUGUUGCGCCAUCACAGGAGCUGGAGGACCAGACAUACGCAUUUGCCUCAGUAUUGGAUAGUGAAAUGCAGUUGCGCGUCACCCUCACGCCGUCCGUAAUUUCCCAGUAUGCCGGUAACGCCACUGCUUCGCUGGUGACGUAUGUGCCAAUUUUUGACUACUUUCCGCCUCAAGAAUGGGCUGACAUAUCCAAUCGAACUACAGUAAUGGCUGAUAUAUUUGUAUUUGUCGACACUUACUGGCCAUAUAGGUGUGUGGUCGAUUACGUCGCUUACGUCCUUCAAGAUCUUAACAUUCAUCCGUACGCUAGUAAGGUAACCAUUUUCGCAGCAUCUGAUGGGUCAGUCAUUGUUAAUACCACCGACUACAUAAUCAACGUCUAUGAAGAGUGGAAUUCCACAUCACACUCUUGGCAUCCAACUGGUUUUAAUCUUCCGCUUAUAUUAAACUCAUUAAGCGUAAGAGUUGAAGAUUUGCUCGAAGCAGAUCGGGCUAUCGACAAUCUUGGAGGCCGAUCCCUAGUCGCUCUUCUCAUUCCAAGCCCUCUAUCUUACGUGGACGAAAAAGACUACGACUAUUGCCAGCGGUAUAUGGAACAACUGCGUUGGCACCUUCCCAACUUGCACUUCAUUUACUACGGAGGUGGAGCUUUGGUAAGGUUCCACGAUUUCGUAAGAGACCCAAGCAAAGAUUUGUUCCUCUUAAACACGGAAAAGCCACCAGAAAUCUGUGGGGACCCCGUUAUUACACGGGUUCGGCAAGUGCCCCGUCGACUCUCCAAUCCACGUUGUUACGCAAACGGUGUCAUAAGUGAGUUCGGAAUUAACUCACUUCAACAGUAUGCUCGUUUGGGCAGCAUUAAUUUCUACAGAUUGGAUUCACUUUAUCUCCCAGCGAGACAGAGCAUGCGCUACCUUAAGAUCUCCCCCAUAAGUAAAAUUACUUUUACCGUUUGCACAUCCCGGAGCAUCGAACGCCCAUUCCGGAACCUCAGUGCGCCGCUAAGGGCGGAAGAGACCUGCGAGUCCACAGCCUUGGGAUCUUUUAGCUAUGAUCUUACCGACGCUUGUGUUGGCUAUGACUUUGAGCCUUGUCCCCCUUUAUUUUUCUCAGUGCAGGCGCAGGGUUUUGGUGACAUUUCGUGUGUGGUCGAGGCCUGUCAAACACCAGAUGAGGCACAGUAUGUCGUUAGUUUAAGCAAUCUGGGCUGUAAUGAUGCUACCGCAAUAAUCUCUAACGUGGUCCUAGCGGCUCCUGCAUUUCUUAUAUCCCUAAAUGCAAUUAUAAGUCCAUACCUCUAUAAUCUUUAAUGUGGUCCUCGCUGCUACAGCUAGUCUGUUAACAUACUGUCUCUACUUUUCUACUUCUAGUGUUCCUACUUCUUCUCUUAAUAACGUUUUUGUAUUCUCUUGUUUUUUUUUACCUACUGAAUAUAUAAAGGUAAAUCUUAUGUUGAAUGCACCCACAUCUCUGCGUUUGGCAUUAGUGGAUACAAUUAAAUAUUCA